AUUGAUAAUCUCCCUCUCCGAGUGUGAGAGCAACUUACAACAGCUUCACUCUGUCCUCCUCUAACCUCCUGUCAAACAGGAACCAACUUCACUCGGAAGAUCUUCGCGUAAAGAUAUCAUGGCCGCAGUGGGUUCCCGAGGCACCGUGAGAGAAUUCCCCUCCUUCAACGCUCAGGACGAUGCUGCCAAACUGAGGAAAGCCAUGAAAGGGAUCGGCACUGAUGAAGAUGCCAUCAUUGAGAUCCUGGCCAAUCGCACUGUCGCACAGAGGCAGCAGAUCCUUCAGAGCUUCAAGACUGCGUACGGCAGGGACCUGGUUUCAGACUUGAAGUCGGAGCUCUCCGGGAAUUUCGAGACCGUGGUUGUCGGAAUGAUGAUGACUCCUGCUCUGUAUGAUGCUCACCAGCUGAGAAACUCAAUCAAGGGCGCUGGCACGGACGAAGGCUGUUUGAUUGAAAUCCUGGCAUCAAGGAAGAACAGAGAGGUCCAGGAGGUUGUCGCUGUGUAUAAGAAAGAGUUUGGCAAGAGUCUUGAGGAUGACAUCAGCGGAGACACAUCUCAAAUGUUUAAGAGAGUGUUGGUCUCUCUGUCAACUGGGAACCGGGAUGAAAGCAACAGCGUGUCAAUGGAUCAGGUCAAAGACGAUGCCAAGACGCUGUACCAGGCCGGGGAGAAGCAGUGGGGAACCGACGAAGUCGCGUUUCUCUCUAUUCUUUGCACUAGAAACCCGGCCCACCUGAACCAGGUGUUUGACGAGUACAAGAAAAUAGCCAAGAAGGACAUCGAGAGCAGCAUCAAGUCCGAAAUGUCAGGCAGCCUCGAGGAUUCUUUGCUGGCCAUCGUUAAGUGCAUGAAAAGCCGUCCUGCUUACUUUGCUGAAAGGCUCUACACCUCCAUGAAGGGACUUGGAACUGAGGACAGCACUCUGAUCAGAGUGAUGGUGUCUCGCUGUGAGAUUGAUAUGCUGGACAUCUGCUCUGAGUUUAAGGCCAAGUACGGCAAAAGUUUGUACUCCUUCAUCAAAGGUGACUGCUCCGGUGAUUAUAAGAAGAUCCUGCUCCAGCUCUGCGGUGGAGAUUGCUGAAGGGGAUUUUUCCCGAAACCUCUUCCCGCACGUGACAGCUUUGCCGAGACCUGAUCUGCUCGCUCACUAAUGUUACAGUCGCGAUCUUCUAAUCACGUGUGAUGAUGGUGCUGUGUAGUUAGCCUGGCAUUAAGCCUGAUCCAUCCAUAACGUUUUUACGUUUACUGGAAUACAUGUCUGCGUGUGUUAUGUGCAUGAGUCGUGUGUGUGCAUGUGCAUCGUGUGUGUGUCGUGUUGUGUGUGUGUGUCUUGUGUGUGGGUCUUGUGUGUGAGUGUGUGUGUCGUGUGUGUGUUUUGUGUAUGUGUGUGUGUCGUGUGUGUGUGUGUGUGUUUUGUGUGAGUGUGUGUCUCGUGUGUGUGUGUGUUUUGUGUGAGUGUGUGUCUCGUGUGUGUGUGUGUUUUGUGUGUGUGCGUGUCUUGUGUGAGUGUGUGUCUCGUGUGUGUGCGUGUUUUGUGUGAGUGUGUGUCUCGUGUGUGUGUUUUGUGUGUGUGCGUGUCUUGUGUGAGUCAGAGUGAUUAUCCAUUCGUGAGCUGAAAUCCGCCGCUGUCUACCAUUAAAGAUCACUGAUUCG